GCCCCCUGAUGGUCCUCAGGUUCCUUCCCGCUCACACCGGAGUCACUUCCGAAGAGAGAACCGCCAUGAAGAGAGUAGGGGGUGCCGCCCACCUCUGCACCGACAGCCUCCCCGAGUCCCAGCAGCAAGACGGCAACCACGCACCCAGCUUCUCCAGCCACAGCUCAUGCCGCCGUCGCCAGCGGCGCCGACAUGACAAGGCGCUGCAUGCCCGCUAGGCCAGGUUUCCCCUCAUCCCCAGCCCCGGGGUCGUCGCCCCCGCGCUGCCAUCUGAGACCCGGUAGUACCGCCCCUGCUGCAGCGGGAAAGAGAACAGAGAGUCCUGGGGACAGGAAACAGUCAAUCAUAGAUUUCUUCAAGCCAGCUGCAAAACAAGACAAACAUAUGUUGGAUUCGCCUCAAAAAUCAAACAUCAAAUUCAGAGGAAAUGGAUUAUCCAUCACUGGGACAGAGCAAUUUGAAAGGAAAUUAUCUUCACCAAAAAAACCUAAACCUAAGAGAAUGUCAUCAGAAGAAAGUCCUAUUUUAGAGGCUUUCAUGAAAGGUGGGAAGGAGCACCACAAAGAUCGUGGUGUCCAUGAGUCACGGCGGCCUUGUAUGUCUCUAAGCAAAUAUUUACCCAAAGGAGCUGGCAUCUAUGCUCCUUCCUCUUAUCGAUUGCCCAAAGAGAUCAAGGGACAGAAGAAAAAACACCAGUCUCCUGAGAGAAGGAAGUCACUGUUCAUUCAUGAAAGUAACAGGGAGAAGAAUGACAGAGAUCGAGGCAAGAACAGUGAAGACUCCAGAAAACAGGCCCCAGCCACAGAAGGUGACAUCUUCAAGCAUAGCUCCAGAAGUAUUAGUAGCAGAAGCAGCCUGUCCAGGCACCAUCCAGGAGAAAGCACACUGGGGGCUAGGUUCCAGCUGUCAUUAGCUUCUUACUGCCGAGAACGAGAACAGAAGAAGUUGAGAAAGGAACAAAUGGAGCAGAGAAUCAACUCGGAAAAUUCUUUCUCAGAAACAAGCAACCUUUCCUUAAAGUCCUCUGGUGUAGGGAAAAACUGUAAGCCAAGGCAUGAGCGCAGCAAGCACACUGAGGCUGUACCUGGGAAGAGUAAUCUCUCAACUCUGGAAAAUGGACAUCUCUCAAGAAAAAGAUCAUCUUCAGACUCGUGGGAACCUUCAGGCUCUAAACAGAAUAAAUUCUCCGACAAAAGAAAAAGGAACUCUGUGGACUCCGACCUGAAAAGCACAAAAGAACCUAUCACACCAAAAGCAAGAGAGUCCUUCCUAGAGAAGCGCCCAGACACAGCCCAUCAGAGAGAAAAGUUUAUCAGACACAUUGCACUGAAGACUCCUGGUGGUGUUCUGCGCUUGGAAGACAUAGCCAAGGAACCUGAGGACGAAACAGAUCGCUCUUCUGCAGACUUGGCACCUUCAAAUUCUGGCCACCAUUCUUCCAGGAAUAGUGACCAAGUCCACUCAGCAAGUACCAAAGAGACUAAAAUACAGAAACCCCACUUACCUUUACCUCAGGAAAAAUCUACAAUUAAAAGAGCUAGCAACCUUCAGAAAAACAAACCGGCUGGCUCUGUGACAUCAAAAGAGACAAAGCUACCUUUACUUUCCCAUGUUCCAAGUGCUGUUUCCUCUCGAGUACCACUAAAUGCUAAAAAUUGCACUCUUCCAGUUCCUAAAAAAGAUAAAGAGCGUUCCUCCUCAAAAGAACGCUCUGGGCAUUCUACAGAAUCCUGCAAACACAAGGAACACAGAGCAAAGACUGUUAAGGCUGUUUGUAGUGAAUCUUCCGGGGAAAGUGCUGGGGGGUCUUUGCAUUCAGAGUGUGCCCCCCCAGCAGCAUCUCCCCCGGCCGCCUCGGAAGUCGUGCCGAGUGUCCCAAGCCCUGCAGCACCUUCAGAUAAAGAGAGUUCAGGAAAUUCCAAUGCAGGUAGCAAUGCACUGAAAAGGAAAUUCAGGGGUGAUUUUGAUAGUGAUGAAGAAAGUUUAGGUUACACCUUAGAGAGUGAUGAGGAAGAGGAGACACUAAAAUCACUGGAAGAAAUAAUGGCUCUGAACUUCAGUCGGACUCCUACAACUUCAGGAAAGCCUCCUGCGUUUUCCAAGGGGCUUAGAUCCCAGUCGCCAGACGACAUGGUAAGAAGUUCUAUGAUAACUUGUCUUCACUUGACGGGGAAAGUUGAAUUAAUUAAAGAAGAUAGAUUGUUAACUUACUUUAAAAUUCAGUGUUUACUACAGCUCAUCGUUAGAUUGACAUGAGUGUGAAUUCUUGUUUGGUAACUGAGUUCCCCAUAUCUUCAAUUUUAUUGUUAAUCAGUGGUCUCCAAACUUUUUUGAUCACAUGUACUUUUUUAUUAAAAGGAAACUUUUAAGCAUGUACCCCAGUAUAUAUAUGUAACUUAUAUAUUCUAUACAUGUACCACUAUAAUACUGUGUACUUUUGAAAUAAAGUAUAUACAGAAAACAGAUUUAGAAAGAAAAAGAAAAUUAAGUGUUUCCUGUGGCAGUUACAUAGAAGUUACUAUAGAUUAAGUUCUACUGGAGUUUCUAUAGACGUUCCAUAUAAAUAGAAGUUCUAUUAUUUUCUUCCUGCACCCCAAUGGAUCACCUUGCACACCCCCUGCUUUGGAGACCACUGCUGUAAAUGAAGGAAUAUGCUCAGAGCGGAACUUAUACAAAUACCUUAGAGCGACUGGUAAAGGAGAUGGAAGACACGCAGAGGCUAGAUGAACUACAGAAGAAGCUACAGGAAGACAUAAGACAAGGCCGUGGCAUUAAAUCUCCUCUCAGAACUGGCGAUCAGGAUAGUACAGAUGAUGGUGAUGGCCUCUUGGAAGAACACAGGGAAUUUCUAAAGAAAUUUUCAGUUACAGUUGAUGCUAUUCCUGAUCAUCAUCCAGGUGAAGAAAUAUUUAAUUUCCUCAAUUCUGGAAAAAUUUUCAAUCAAUAUACCUUAGAUUUAAGAGACUCUGGUUUUAUUGGAGAAAGUGCUGUGGAAAAGCUUAUUCUCAAAUCAGGAAAAACAGAUCAGAUUUUUUUGACAACACAAGGCUUCCUUACCACUGCAUACCACUACGCCCAAUGUCCUGUACCUGUGUUAAAGUGGCUGUUUCGGAUGAUGUCGGUGCACACAGAUUGUAUUGUGUCGGUGCAGAUUUUAAGUACAUUGAUGGAAAUAACCAUUAGAAAUGAUACUUUCAGUGACUCUCCAGUUUGGCCCUGGAUCCCAUCUUUGUCUGAUAUAGCAGCUGUAUUCUUCAACAUGGGCGUUGGUUUUGGAUCUUUGUUUCCUCUGGAGACUCUUCAGCCCGACUUUAAUGAAGAAAAUCUAAUUUCUGAAACACAGAAAACCCUGGGGGGAAAGGAAAGUGAAGACUCACCUUAUAGUCCAGUAUUUUCAGCUCUUCCUGAAACCAACAUUUUAAAUGUGGUUAAGUUCCUAGGUCUGUGCACAUCUAUACAUCCAGAAGGUUACCAAGAUGGAGAAUUAAUGUUGCUGAUUUUAAUGCUGUUUAAAAUGAGUUUGGAAAAAGAGCUUAAGCAGAUUCCAUUAGUAGACUUUCAGAGCCUCCUGAUAAAUCUCAUGAAAAACAUCAGAGAUUGGAACACAAAGGUUCAUGAACUCUGUCUGGGCAUAAAUGAACUCUCCAGUCAUCCCCAUAACCUUCUUUGGUUGGUACAGCUAGUCCCUAACUGGACAUCUCGUGGAAGGCAGCUAAGGCAGUGCCUCAGUCUGGUGAUGAUUUCAAAGCUUUUGGAUGAAAAGCAUGAAGAUAUUCCUAAUGCCAAUAACCUUCAGAUCUCAGUCCUGCAUCGAUAUCUUGUGCAGAUGAAGCCUUCUGAUUUGUUGAAGAAGAUGGUCUUGAAGAAAAGGGCCGAACAGCCAAAUGAAACUAUUGAUGACGGCCUUCAUUUAGAACUUGAAAAGCAGGCAUAUUACCUGACCUACAUCCUCCUUCAUUUAAUUGGGGAAGUUAGUUGUUCUCAUUCUCUCUCUUCUGGACAACGGAAACACUUCGUGCUGCUUUGUGGGGCUUUGGAAAAGCAUGUUAAGUGUGAUAUUAGGGAAGAUGCAAGACUUUUCUACAGAACUAAAGUGAAAGACUUGGUUGCCAGGAUACAUGGAAAAUGGCAGGAAAUAAUCCAGCACUGUCGGCCUACUCAGGGGCAGCUUCAUGAUUUCUGGGUGCCAGAUUCUUAACAGAAGUUACAGCAGCAGAAAUACAAACAAGAAAGGCCUUUCCAAGAGGAUUACUGUGGGAUCCAGAGAUGCUGAGGAGCACGGCUGCAUGCUACUUGCAUGCAUAGUGUGAGGCUGCUGAUGAAGACUUUCCCAUUUCUGAAGCAGAGAUGAAGAUAUGCCAUCUGCAGCUGACGGUAGAGGGAAGACCAGGGGCCGAGGAAAGAAGGCGAGGGAAGCUGCUGGUAGCUACAGAUCCAGGCUGCCCCUCCUUGCUACGUUUUCAGCAGUUACCAUGUAAGGUGGCUUCAUAACACUUGGAUUAUCACAGAAAAUAAGAAGAAAAGUGUGGGCUAGCUUGAGUUGGACAUUGAGAUGAAGGCCUAAGUCCAGCUGGUUUUCAUUUCCCUUCUGGUUAUUUUAGGGUACAAAGGGAAGGCUUAGAAUAGAGCCCUGUAAUUAGAAGUGUUGGUCUCUUCUAUAACCCAUAAACCAUAGGCAGUUUCAGCCCAUAUAUAUCCUUUAGUAUUCAAAAUUAUAAAUCUGAGAUUUUUAAAUAUAUUUAAAAUCAAGGAAUAGACAUCUGGUAUGUUGUCAGACUGCCCUUAGAGGAAGAGAUUAAGCUAUAAAAUAGUGACUGUUUUUAAAAUGCCAGAACAUCCAUAGGCAGUUUGUUUAGGGUUUCUUGUAAUGCAUAUAUUUUUAAAUACUGGUUUAAUCAUAAAAUCUCAGCUAAGCUAGAAUUCCGGCCAUUGGUAACUAUAUUAUAGAAGUCUGUGUAAAAAGGCUUCAAAAUCUGGAAGUUUCCAAAAUCCUUGUUUCCACAAGUAUAUCAUUUAGCAGAGGCCUUGAUGGUGUUUAUUUUGGGGACAUGCAUGUGAGCGUGUGUGUGUGUGUGUGUGUGUGUGUGUGUGUGUGUGUGUGUGUGUAUACACGUGCACAUGUGCACGUGCAUGCACACUCAAGUUUGUAUCUUGAAGUUGUUGCACUUGAAAAACCACAGCUGCUCUAAAUUCUUUUAAACACUGGAAAGCCAUCCUUUAGUUUAGAUGGUUGAGGGUUAGCAGAGGUGCACAUGCUAGAUUGAGCCUUAGGCCCUUUGAAAACUUUGGUAGUGACACUCCUGCUGACGGGUGUCAGUUUGUGAAGGUUUGCUUCCUAAAAAGGACGCCAACUGCUUAUUCUUUGACUAUUGGCUGGAGCAAGCGGCUUGCUCCCUCUUGAGCAUGCUAAUGUCUGUGUGGGUCCAGGUUGGGUGGUGGAAAAGGGAACUGGGCUCAGUGUUAUGGUUUGAGAGGAGAAAAUAAGUUCUGAGAGCUAACUCUUUCUACCUCUAAACUGAGGCUUAGGAAUAAAAACCAUUGUAUCUUAAAUUCAUCAUUUAAAUUAGCAUUAGCGACUUUAGAGCUCAUGUCAAGCAUUGGGCAGUUAGAGAUUUUAUAGAGAAGACUACACAAAUCACAUUUUCAAGAAUUGAGGCUGAUCGAGGCUCCAAGAGUCAGACCAACAAAAGUUUUAUUCUGUGUUGAGUUUACUGGUAAGAAUAUUGUCUUGAUGCUACCUCUCAAGGGUAUUGUUACAAAUGCCACUAUGGUUAAAGAGAUAGAUACGAAGAAUUCUAUUUGACUGAAGCUUGAAACUCUGGCAUCUAUCUGCCCAACGGUGGGGCUCUCACUCUGUAAUUUAAUCCUUGUAGAUACAUUGUUUGUGUGUAAUUUUAUAAGUGUUCAUAUUUUUCUCAUUUUGCAUUGUGUAAAGUGUACAAAAUCUCAAAGUAUAAAAAUCUGCUUAUAUUGCUUGUAAUUACAGUGUGUAAAUAUUUUCUAUUGUGUACAUUGACGGGGACAAGUGGGUUAUUCAGGUUUUUAAGUGAUCCUUUUAUAUUGCAGUUUCAACCAAUAACCACCCAUCAAAUUUAAAACCACUUUGAUACAUUCUUAUUUAGCAGGUCCUAUAAGAAUAAAAUCUCUAUUUUCAAUUGUCUUUCUCCAUUAGAGAAAAAUACUUUAUCUGUCCCUUUAAAAUAAAUGGCCAGCCAUCAGUUUUGGCCUCUGAAUUUAUGACUCUGGUGGCAGCCUUCAGUCUCCGGGUCAGAGUCCAGUCAGUAUUUACAUUUGGGUUCUUGUGGAAAUGUUGUGGUUCUAUUUUAGCACAAGUAGCUCAUGGUUUUUAUCCCAAAUCAAGUAUUUUCCAUCUUCUUCUGAGUCCCUGUGCAUUGUCUCCCUCUGUCUGUUGCCCAGAAAAUGGGAUGGUAUCGAGGGAGGAAGUGCUCUCUGCACAGAGACUGUCAGGCCAUACUUGGGACUUGGCAAACAAGCUUGCACUGAGCGGUGGUGUGUUUGGCAAUAUUACUGUGCCAAAAAAAACCUUGUCUCAUUUUCUGGAUGUGUGAUGUCAAACUUUUUACCCUUACUGCAAGCUGAACAUUAAAGUACUUGUGUUUAUGCUUUUGUGUGUAACUGUUUGCCUUUCCUGACCUGCUUUUCUUGUUACCUGAAAAUACAGUUCUGUAUGUAGCACAUGUCAAGUGAAGAGGCUUUCCAUGCGCAAGAUCACCUGUGUAGCACUGCAGUCAGUGUUGUGCGUUGUUCUGUCUGUGUCCUGAUGGCAACGGUGCCUUUGUCACCUUUCAGAAGGUUGGCUUUUUUUUUUUUUUUUAAUGCAAGUAGUAGCUUGCUUCGACUUCACAAAAAAAAAAAAAGUGAAAUAUAUAUAUAUAUCUCCCCAGUAAUGAUUGAUAAGAUAGUUACCACCCAGGCUCUGUUUUGUGUUUGUUUGGCUUUUUCUUUUGUUUUGUUUUCUUCCCCUUUCCCCCCAAUCAGAACAGACACAGUUGGUGGGGACAGUAAUGUGUGGAGUCUUGAAAACAGGAGUGUGUUUCCAUUUACAAACUGACUCAUGGCCAGGCGGCUGGGAAGGAGAACGUUCUUGGCUUGUCUCUCAGGAGGCAAGGGUCCGGUACAGGUGGUGGGGGCGUGAGUCAGUCAGCACAAUCCCAUCUCGUGGCUAUGCCUACUCUAUGGUGCAGGCGCACCUCAUCUGUGCCUCAGUUUCCCUGGGGCAUUCUUGUCAGCCAGUUAAUCUACUAGCUCUUAGGCAGUAAAUGCAAUGUGUUGUGGUUUUUUUUUUCCUUUAAAAUUUUAUACUGUCUUGUUUAAAGUCUUCUGAAUGUAUGUGUAUGUGUUAUUAAAACUUUUUUCUCAGCUUAAA